AUGGCAAGGAUUCCAAAUUAUAGUGGUGCCAGACGAAAAACAUGCCUAAAAAAGAGCAGGUCUUCCACACCACCAGCACUAUCAUUCUACACUGAACGCGUGGUAGCAUUCCCUGAAAGAUAUGCUUCUGUCGUAAGCGAUAAUCUGUUACCGGAGUUUAAGCAGGCGGUGGUUGGAGCAAAAACGACAUCCUCAAAUAAUUCCGCGUGUUCCAUGGUGUCACCUGAAUCUGCUUCAACUAAUAUUCCUCUGAACUUGACUCACAAAAAUGAAUAUUCUGCUACCACAACCAAGCCAGUUACGCCUUUAACACUUAAAUCUUUGAAUGAUGGGGAUUCCAAAUUACCGGCUAGACCAUCGUUGUCUGACAACACAGAUUUUGAUGUAAGGAGCAUUGGAAACUCGGACGAAGGAUCAUCGCGGAGCAGUAUCAGUGACGAUUUUCUGAGCACAGAUGGAAAGGAGAUCUACGAUGUAUUUGGUUCAGAAUCAGUUCCGUACAAACCACUAAGCUAUAAUAGCCGACGUUCAAUUUGUCGAUAUAUUGGCAUGGAUUUCAAAGUCGAUUGGAUGCAAAUUAUUGGCUUUGAAGUGGAACAUUCGGAUAAAUUUGCUGCUAUAAAGAACUGGACAGAUGACAAUUGGGCUUGCCAUUUAGAUCUGUUAACGGACACUGGCAUGGGAACUGAAAUGGAACUUUACGCUUUUGCAGCAAUGUUUUCUAUUGAUGUUUGGGUUUUUCACAAGAAAGAGUGGCUUUGCUAUAGACCUAAGUUCUUGGCGAUCGGUAAUGAAUGCGAAGAAAUAAAUAUUCGAGACUACUGCGUUGGUGCAAAGGAAGGUGUCUAUCUGAUGUGCGAAAAUUAUCUGUUUUCUCCAGUGCUCACGCCUUCGGUGCGGACAAAAAUCUUUGUAUUAUGA